UUGGACGUUGAAAUGGAGGCCCCGUAGAACAGCAGGCGGGUCUUCCUCUUCAUUUGCCGCUUUCUCAUUGGUUCAACUGUUCUUGUGUCACGAAAAGUCCCGGGUUGAGCCACAUUGUUAAGUGAAUGUGCAUCGAGUAGUGAAAACUAACAUAAAAUCUGCAAAGAUAAAAAAAUAGCGUUCCACGUAUCUUUAACCUGAACUGAGAGUUUGGGAAUACUUUAUGUGAGCAUUGCGCAACGAAGAGGAGCACAGUCUUACAAAAGAAAGCGACAGCAGCAGGAAGACGAGCACGACGAGUACACGACCACAAGGAUAAUGGACACAUGGAGUUUGUUUAUAGAUUGUGUACUCCCACACUAAGGUCUCUGGGUAAAUCGGCUAUAAUGUUCCCACUGAUAUGUAGUGGAUAGUGUAUGAGUUUUGUAAGGAGAACUAUUCCUUGGACAUCUAGGAGGACACCAGGAUGGCACAAGGAUGGAAUGCACUCCAGCAAGCCCAGAUUCCAUCCAACCAGAGCUCCAUAGGAACUGUAAUGGAAUCAGAGGAGAGCUUUUCUCAUGAUAUAGAACAAUUAAUUGAGAAGGAGAACCUUUCAGGCAUAAUGGAUUUGCAAGAAAUUGACAGAUAUGACCUGAAUGAAUUGAACACAGAGUCAUGUUCUCUCCAGGAUGUUUGCUGUGAAUCAUCUUUGCAUGGACAGAUUAAUUCAGCUACCAUUAAACAAGAUAUGUCAAGGGAUAAAGGAGAAUGUAAUGGUUACACGACAGCAUGUCACUCACCUAACUCAGGUGAGUUUGAGUCUACGUUGGAGGCACAUUCUAACAGGGAAGUAUCAAAACCUGCUUUGACAAAUGCCAAUCUUGUGGAUUAUUCAGAUAUAAGCAGCUGCUCUGAAACAGAAUCAAAUCUUGAUUGCAAUUUUAAUUCUGCCAUUGAAGUUAACCUGGGUGGCAACCAAUCUUGUCAGUCUUUGGAGGAAGGAGACCAAAAUUCAGACAAUACAAUGCACUUUUCUGAUGAAUGCCAUAGUACUGGGGAAGUAAAUAGCAAUGAAACAAAUCAACAGCAGGACACUGGUGGGAGUGGACCUCCAAUGACCAUGUGUGAAAGCAAAGUAGAAAAUGUAAACCAUGUGAGUGAGGGUUGGAGAGAGGAGGCACGUCUCACAAAUGUUGAGGAUCAGUGUGCAGAAGUUCAAACCAUGGAUGAUUUCAAUGGUCUAGUGCCUUUGUCAAAAGAAAAGCAAAUUGGGGAAAGAGACAUUCUUGCUCAUGAUUCGGGAUGUCCUGUAAAUGAAACCAUGGUGCAUUGCAAAGACCUUGGUACUUCUCAGGAUGGUUCCCCUUGUGCCUUGUAUAAUGUAAAUAAUGAGACCCCAUCCACUUUGAAAGGAGAUGAAAACAAUUGCUUAACCAUAGAUUCUCUAAGUGGAUGCAAAAUGGAAAGAAAGAAACCAGAUUCUGAAAAUACAUCCUCUUCCAAUGAAGAACAAGUGGUUGAGCGAAGUAGUUUUGGAUUUCUUGAGUCUUGUUUUGGUUUAAAAAGUUCAGAGCAAAACAUUGAGGAUCUUAAACACCUGGAAUAUGUACAGGUAAACCAAGUCGAUGAUACAGAUUUUUCAAUUGUUGAGAAUAUGACCCAGAUCCCAGAGAGAGAUCUGUUUAAUCACAUUGAACCACCAAUUCUCCUAAAAAUUGCAGUUGAGUCUAACAACAGGAUUCAAAUUGGCGAGGAAAUCAAUGCAACAAAAGAUCCACCAGUACUCAGUGCUUGCCAGACACCCACAACCUCCCUAAGUCCUGUGCCGCAACAUUUUCUUACUGAAAAUGCCAUCAAUGAUAGCAGAUUUCCUUUAUCAUCUUUCAAGACACAAACGAGGAAACUGCAGCCUGUUGUUCUCCUUAAGACAACUGAGAAGAGAACGUCUGAUGGAAAAACAUACCACUGUUUUGAAUGCAGAGAGUCCACACAAAGUUCAGAUGAGCUCAUCGAGCACUACCAUUGCACUCAUUCUUUGCAUGAGUCUCAGUAUUGCCCCACUUGUAAAUCUUAUCUCACUGGUGGUACAUUGACUGAACAACAUAUCUGUGGAAAAGUCAUGCUAAAUGAUAAGUUCAAGACUUUACUGUACACCAAAGGGGUAACUGAGGAAAAAGGAAAGUUUGUAUGUAGAUACUGUAGGAAGUCCUUUGUUCGACAAACUUUUCAUGAAGAACACGAGUUGAGGCACAUAGUUGUCUCCCAACAUAGAUGUAAACGUUGUGGAUUAUACUUUUCUAGUGCUCAAAAAUGUCAAAGUCACAAACGUAAAGCACAAUGCCAACCCAUGAUACUAGAAUCUUCUGUACAGACUGCAGAUCGUGCAGAAUCAACCCUUAAAAAGCCAGACAUAAACUUUGUGCUUGAAACGGAUUGCUCCAAUACAGGACUCCCUGAUUGUUAUGUAAAACUUGUGGAUGUAUGUAAUAGAAACCAGUCACCUGAACAAAUAUUUUGUCAAAUUUGCGGGAAAAGUUUCAGACUCAGAGCACAAUUGAAAUCCCACCAAAGAUCACACUCUGAUGAGAAGCUGUUUAAGUGCGAGAACUGUGACAAAGCAUUCAAAUAUUCAUGGAAUCUUAACAAGCAUAAAAGAGAGCAGUGUUGUCAAAACAUUGUCCCACUAGUAAAAUCUUCAGUUCCAGAGAGCAGACUUCAAGAAAAUUUCAAAUGUCCCAUCUGUACUCGUGUGUUUAAGUACUCCUACAAUCGGACAAGGCAUUUACGUGAACAGUGUCUCAAAGAAUACACACAAAAAGGCAAAGGAAAGAUUGGCGAAAACAAGUAUCGAUGCCCUUUGUGUAAAGAUGUCUUUACCUUGGCCGGUAACCGCAAGAGACAUAUCUGGAAUACCUGCAUUAAGCUUAAGAUGUAUACAGCCAAAAGGUAUGUGAAGAGAAGAAAGGAGAUCAAGGAAACCAUCAAAACCAACAAUGAGGGCAAAGAGUUUCCAUUGACGCUGCCAAUACAAAAUAAGCCGCAUUACAAAUGUACUUUUUGUCCAUCUGUGUAUGCUAGCAAAUCUGGAUUCUACGGACAUCUAGCAAAGCAUAAAUUACUUGCAAAAAACAAAAAGGCAACCAAAUACAAACAUGUUAACACGGUUGACUUGAAAAGCUCAAGCUUUGCCAGUCAAAGCCCAGCUGACAAGGAGUCUACUGAUGAGGAUGUAAGCCUUCCUUUCUCUUGUCGCUUCUGUGGAAGAGCCUUUACUUCAUCUCACUCAUUCAAAAAGCACUUACAGCAUCAUAAAGGAAACAAACCUUUUCGCUGUUUAGACUGUGGUACAAAUUUUGCUAGACAUGGACACUUAAUGACUCACAAAAAUGUGCACAAGCGGAAAUUACAGUGUUCAGACUGUGGGAAAGUUCUGCCAUCAAUUGGAGAUUUGUUAAAACACAGACUGUCUCAUCCAAAUAAAGGCUUGCUCAAGUGCCCUGAUUGCCCAAUGCAGUUCAGAUUUCCUGUAUUCCUUCUUCGACAUGUGGUUGUUCAUGAGAGAAAGCGCUCGGUUGAACAAGCUACUUCUCAAAAGGUAAUUCCCAAAGAGGAAAUUCCCAAAGAGGAGUUCAAAUGUGCUGUCUGCCAAAAAGCUUUUCAUGAUUCAAAGGCACUAAGCGAGCAUUGUUUAACUCAUAUGCCAGGACCUUCAGCAUCCAAAUGUCAGUUUUGCAAACGUAAUUUCUCUAGUCGCGCUGUGCUGAUUCGCCACAUCCGCCUUCACACUGGUGAAAAGCCUUUUCCAUGUGUGAGGUGUGGAAUGCACUUCCACAGACAGGAAGCUCUUAAAUUGCAUCAGGAGAAAUGUACAGGGGUACAGAACAAACCCUAUAAAUGCUCAUACUGCCCACAAUCAUUUCGUUUUCCCAACAAUUUGGAAUUCCACGAAAGAGCCCACUUAGCGAAAACACUUUUUCCUUGUCCAAAGUGUGGGAAGUUUUACAGUAAAAAAAAAAUUAAAGCACAUGAAAGUUUAUGCAAUAGUGAAGAAUUAAGACCUGCUUGCAGAAAAUGUGGUAAAAUUUUUAGCAGAAACAAAUACAGAAAUGUUCAUGAAAUACAGUGCCAGGGCAAGCUAUCUAAUGAAACCAUAACAGAUGGCAAGGACAGAUUUAAGCAGCGAUGUCCACAUUGCUUUAAAGGCUUUAGAUCUAAAGGUUUUCUCCUGCGACAUCUUUCUAUUCAUUCUGAGGAAAAAUCAUAUGCAUGCAUGCAUUGUGGACAGAAAUAUGAUAGUCAGCAGCGAUACUUGCAACAUGAGGCUUUUUGUAAUGGUGUGUCCAAGGAACGUGGAUUGGAAAAUUUGAGUGGAACGGAGAAAACUAAAUCUACUUUUACUGCAGACAAAAAGCGGAAAGAUGUCAAGAGAGUUUCAGGAGAAAAUGUUGGGGAAUUUAAGUGUAAAUUUUGCACUAAAUCAUUUUCCAGGCCCAGAUAUCUAAGACGGCACAUCCUUACUCAUACAGAGGUCAAGCCAUAUCGGUGCAAGACCUGUGAAAGUUGUUUCUCACGCUAUGACCAUUUGAAACUGCACCAAACCCGCUGCAGAGGAAAGGGUCGACUUGAGGUGCGAGUUGUCAAGAUGACUCUAGACAGCUUGACUACAAGCUCCCAAAGCAAAGAGCAACAAGAAAAUGAGACAUUGCAAUGCAAAAUUUGCUCCAAGCAGUUGUCCACCCAUAGUGAUUUGAAGCGUCAUAUGGCAAUGCUGCACAUUACUGAUAAACCUUUUCCUUGCAAAAGAUGUGGUAAAUCUUACAGUUCUGUAAAGACUUUGAGAAGACAUAACCUCACAAUCAAAUGUAAGAGGGUUUCUAAGGAAAUUGAGCAGUCUGCCAAGAACAAUGUUCCAAACCAACCAUGCAGAGAAACAUCAAAACUUCUGCAACGUAUACAGGUACACUACAUUAAUAAAUUUAAGUACCAAUGUGAAUAUUGCCCCCGCCGCUUUAAGUUACCUGGACAGCUGAAGGUGCAUCUACGUCUUCAUACAGGGGAAAAACCAUAUGGUUGUGCCAACUGUGGAGAGCAUUUCAUCAGAAGAGACUACUUGAAACGGCACUUGAUUAAAUGCAUUGGAAAGGGCAAAAGUCAAGAAAAAGUCCUUUGUGACAAGUGUGGUGGCCUGUUUACCCGGGAUGCACUCUUGGUACACCAAAACACCUGUGUCAUAAGCUCAAAAUCCUCUGAAGUGGUUAGGAAUGCCAAGAGCCCCACCAAGAUAAAAGAUUUUUCCUGUACUUUCUGUAGUGACCGCUUUUUAUUGUUCUCACAGCUCCAGCAGCAUUUUUUAUCAAAGCACAGAUCUGAUCAACCCCAAGAGUCAAAUGAAGGUCAACAGCAAUUGGUAUCAAGUCAGCCGCAAGUCAUAAAGCAAGAGCCAGUUGAUGAGGAGUAUGAACAGAACCAACCAAGCAGCAGUCAGAAACCUGCAAAGGAGCAAUGCGAGAAGUCAUACAAAGACCUUAACAAACCUCUUGAAUGCCCACAGUGCCACAUGCGAUUUGUCAAUACCUCCGGGCUGGGUAGGCACAUGCGCAUUCAUAGUGGAGUCUACCCACUUUCCUGCAAAAAAUGCAAUAUUGGUUUUUGGAGCAAAAAGAGCAUGGAGAAACACAGAAAAAAAUGUAGAGGUCACACAAUCAUCACAAGUAAUAACUCUACCCUGGAAAACGCAGGUGAAUUGGAAGGCAGUCUAAAUGACACCGUGCUUGUGUUUAAUAAGGGUUCCAACACAACAGGAACUGGAGUACUGCAGACCAAGUUCUCAUGUAAAGAUCAAGACACAGAAAAUGAUGCUGAUAAAGGAGAUGCAGCUGUUCACAAGUAUCAGUGUUCUGAGUGUGAUCAGAGUUUUACAGAUGGACUUAGACUUAUAAGCCAUUUGGAGGAACAUGGUCGUGAGGAUCAAGAACAUAAAUCGGGUGACGUUCACCGAUGCCAUGUGUGCAGUAAAGUUUUUGGUCAAGCUGGCUUAUUGCAGAAGCAUGUGAACAUUCAACAUAAGAAAAAAACGGCAAAUACCUGUCCAGUAUGUUUCAAGAGUUUUCGUUUUCCUUCUGACGUUGACAUCCAUAAAUCUUGUCAUGACCCCAAUCGCCCCUUUGUCUGUAACAAGUGUGAGUUCAGGUAUUGGACUGCUAAAUCUCUGAGCAUUCACCAAAGGAUGGCUCAUCCUUUGGGAGAGCUGCCCAAUUCAAAAGAACCUAGUGCAAAAGCAGGAACUGAGCUCCCUGAUGUAUAUAGGUGUCAUCCAUGUGACAAAACCUAUACAUUGAAAUCAUCAUACGCAAAGCACUGCAGACUAAAACAUGGACCUAAUUCGGUCAAAAACCUUAUUAAUAAUGAAUCCAAAAAAUCCUCUGUGAUUCAGGAGUCCGAUAAGGAAGAAUCCAAUGGAGAUUUUGAAGAUGGAGGUGACAGUGACAAUGACUCUGAUUCAGCACCAUACUUUCCUUGCCAUGUUUGCGGAAAAACAUUCUUAACAUCAGAAAGUCUUGAGGAUCAUCAAAGAUGCCAUCUUGGUGAAAAACCCUUUGAGUGUGAGGAAUGUGGGAAGUGUUUCUUUCAGCUAGCAAAUCUGCAACAGCAUCAGCGAAGCCACAAAUCUGAGUUUCAGUGUCAAAUGUGUGGUAAAGGUUUCGUCUCACUCUUUGCCUUGCGCAAGCACAAGCUAAAGCAUGUCAGAAACCGUCCUCACCGUUGCACAAAGUGUCAUCUGAGCUUCACAAGCUCAUCUGAUCUAGCUGAGCACAUGGUUACGCACCGUGAUGAAAAUUUUCCAUGUGACCUUUGUGAUAAAACCUUUUCCUGCAAAUCAAGUCGUGCGGAGCAUCGCAAGAUACACACAGAGCAAGAGGAAGAGCUUCCUCCUUUAAUUCCACCUGAACAGCCACAAACUAAGCAAAUGACUCCAGCUGUCUCGAGGAGAAGCCUUCCAUCAAGUAAUGUUGAGCAGUACAAGUAUUGUUGUGGAAUAUGUCAAGUGAGGUUCUCUGAUCCAGAGCAGCUUUCAGAACAUGGGUGUAAUCCAGCAAAAGAGCGACCAUACUCAUGUCCAGAAUGUAACAAACAUUUUUUACAUGGUUCUCACCUAAAGAAGCAUCAGCUCAGCCAUCAGUUGUCAGGACCACGUUCUUAUCAGUGUAAUCAUUGCAACAUGAGUUUUAACCUCCACCAUCUUUAUCUCACUCAUUUACGAAGCCAUGGGAAUGAAGAGGCUUCCUCUGGUUCAGUUGUUUCUACUAGUGACAAGAUGAUCCAUACAGAAAAUGCAAAGCAUGAUAAAAUUUACCAAUGCCCAAUAUGUCCUGAAAGUUUUGAACAAGCAAUGGAGCUAGCAAAUCACCUAUCUGUUCAUUCUCAUAAGUGCAGUGUUUGUAAUAUGACUUUUCCAUCAAAGAAAAGCCUUGAGGAACAUGAAAAAUGCCAUUUGACUGCUGCUACACAGUAUGAAUGCACUGAAUGUGGUGACAGCUUUCUUGGCAGUGAUGCUUUCCGCAAACACAACUGUAGUAAUCGAAAGAUGUCAUUGUCACAAAUGCACCCUUCAGUGUCGUCUGCCGCUUACCCCCUCUUCAAAUUUGAAGUUAAUAAUGAUGAAGAGGAGGAGGUUGAUGUUGGAGAAGACUUCAUUAACUGCCCCAUUUGUCAAAAACGGUUCUCCUCCAAUAGUAGUUUAGCAGACCACCAUAAAAAGCAUCAUGAAGAUCCCCGUCCAUUUAAGUGCUUGGUUUGUGAGAAAGGGUUUACAAAAAAGAAGUACCUUACCCAGCACCAGCAGAUACACAGUGAACGGCCUUACAAGUGUAAUGUGUGCUCAGAAUCCUUCAAAACGGAAUCAGCUCUCAUAUCUCACAAUAAAACACAUGACAUAAAAAGGAAACACCAGUGCUCUAUAUGCAAGAGAUCCUACCUGACAGCACAUGAUCUUUUAAAACAUGAACGCAAACAUGCUGUAGAAAGUUCGAGGAAGGACAGUGGAGAUUUCCGAUGUGAUAUGUGCUAUAAAUCCUUUACCAUGCCUUCACAGCUGCGACAGCACCAGGAAACACAUGUAGGACAAAUCGUCUAUGAAUGCACAGAGUGUGACAAAGCAUUUGCUUUUCUAAGUCUUUUAGAGGAGCAUCAGCAUCAAAGUCAUGCUGUUUCUGCAGAAUCUCUCCAGUCCCAAUCACCAACCUAUUUUCCUUAUCAAAGCCCAGUGACUGAAUAAAGGGCAAAUUAUUGAUGAAUCCGUAUCCUGCAAUGCAGGUUAUUCAAACUCAUUCAGUUUUCUGAACAUUAUUUGUUAACAGAAGCUGUACAUACAAUUCAAUGUUCUUUUUAUAUAGGCCUAACUGUUUUUAUCUGCAAUUAAAUAUGACAUUGGUAUUUUACCUUUGUUCUGAAUCAGUCUGUAAAUGUUUAUUCAAUCCGUUAUCCUCUACAGUUCUGUUAAAUGCUCACUAAAAGUUCUGUUUGUACAGUACUCUGACUGAAGUGUGUAUAUUGGAUGAAGCAGUCUAGAUGAUGUAUGGAACUUUAGGUAUAUUUGUAUGAAUGAAGUAGCUUUAGACAUGUUAAAAAUGUUUCAUAGUAUGAUCCACAAGGAUGUAUAGCCGGAAAUUGUUUAUCAUUCCUUUGUUACUGUAAUUUUUGGCCUUUGUUACAUGUACUAGCCAUUGUGUUUAAACAUCCUUAAAAUUAAGAGGAAAUGGCUAAUGUUAAUAUUUAGUAGUAAUUAGCGGUGUUAACUUUUUUAAUUAUUAUUAUUAGCCCUGUCCGUUUCUAAACAUUUAAGGUCAUUACACAUUAGUUAUGAGGUAAAUGCCUUCCUGAGUUCAAUACGUAUUGUUUUAUAACAAUGCAGAUUUAUCUUUUAAUUGAGAAGUCUCACUAGAAUGGCUUUGCUCAAAAAACACCAAGCUUUUCAUUGAUGUUUAUAAAUGGCAGUUAAUAUUGUAGCCUUUCAGUAUGAGUUUAAUCCUUCAUUAGUGCUCAAAUAAAUAUGGCUAUGAAAACCUGA